AUGAUUGAGAAGUUGCCUGGCCACGAGGGCUUUCAAGAUCUCAACUUUUGUUACUACCAGUUACUUGAGGUGAUCAAUCGCCUCCUCGCCAGUGGAGGACACCUUCGUCAGUUCUUUGCCAGCCUGGAUAAUGAAAAGAAGAGUUUGCAGGAAUCCCUCAACGCAGAACGUCAGGAGCGCGAUGCGACGAAAGCGCUGUUGGACGCCGCCAAUCAAGAGCACAACGCGACGAAAAAACUCUUGGACGCCGCCUAUCAGAUUACUGCUGAACGCACGGAGGCUGCUAAUAUUUUGAUCGCGAGGCUACAAAAAGCUCAUAUUGCGAGGCAAAGAAUCGAGGUGCUAGAGAAUGUCAUCAAUGGGUCGAGGGAUAUUCCGGGCGACUUUAAUCUCCAAUUGAACUAUCUCAUUGAGACGAAUCAAGGACUUCAGCAAGAAGUUAGGAAAUUGAGUCUGGAUCUCGCAACGGAGAAGAGCAGGACCAAAGAAUUGCAAACGCAGAUUACCCUGCUGCAGCAGGAUAAGGCGGCAAAGCCAAAGCCAAAUAGGGCAAGACGAAGGAGGGGUGAACGCACUCAGAAGACGGCCGUAACAAACGACGGCGAGCCUAAUUUCUCUUGA